GCCUCCCAGCGAUAUCGUCAACUUUGCAUGCUGCUCCCGGACGCUGUACGAAGUCGCGCGCUCUCCAUCCACCUGGCAACGCCUCUAUCACAGACACGCGGGGUGGCGAAUCCGACGACCCGUCCGGAAUGACUUGUGCGUACAGACCGAAAUCAACGGACCAUUUGCGGAUACGCUCGACUGGCGAAUGUUGUGCCGAGAGAGAAGAGAGUUGGAGGAGAGGUGGGAUCGAAGGAGGUUCAACCCCAAGACGGACUCGUCAAGACCCGCCAAAUCAGCAAUCUACUGCUCGUUUGCGGUUGAGAACUACAUCAUCACCGGAGCUAGGAAUCGGUCGAUUUGUUUUUACGAGUUUGAACAGGAGGAGAGGGCGCUAUCGAUCAUCUUUCGGAUCAAGGACGCUCAUGCUGGGUCGGUUCUUUGUAUGGAGGUGGAUCUGUUGGGUGGAGGUGGUGCGGGAACGAUGUAUACUGGAGGAUCGGAUGGGAGAGUGAAUGUAUGGGAUCUCGAUGGGGUUUUGACGGAGUGGAGUACGUUUAGAGGGAAACCGGUCUUAGUAAAGAGUAUGGUCGGCCAUGAAGCGGGAGUGCUGGACCUGGUCGUCGAUAACCAUCGCGUGUUGAGCUGCUCGAAAGAUGGCACUGUUCGAGUCUGGUGCAGAAACUCGUUGACAUCCACGGCUCAAGUUGACCUCCUUGGUGGUCCGAUCAAUUGCAUCGCUUUGCAUCAAGAGACGGGCAUCUUAGUCGCGGCCGGAUGUCACGGGAAGAUCACGUUCUACGACCUCGAAACGAUGAAGCCUUUACAAAGGUGUCGCAGCCAAACCCGAGAUACCGUUGCUUGUGUAGGAUUCUACGACGACCUGGUAGUCUGGGGCGACACGCACUUGCGACUCGCUCAGAUGGGUACCGGAAGGGUCAUGUUCGAACAAUCGGCCGAUACCGAAUUGAUCCGAUGUUUCACGAUCAUGCCUCGAACGGGCAGGGUGAUCACGGGGUCGUAUAGCAAUCAGGUCGGGGUAUGUCUUUCCGUUUAUCUCGCCUCCCCAACGUCACAUGAUUGACACCUCAUUGUGAUGCACUAUAGGUUUGGCCACUUCAUUCGCUAUCCAACCGACGUGUCCUGAGAACACCAGGUCGAGUUCUGACCAUCAGCGCUACGGCCACCAAGAUCAUCGCGUGAGUCCCAGUCAGCUCGUGCAGUCACAACAUCGCUGAUCUGGCGCUCCCUUUCAGCGGAGAUGAUCUUGGCAAUCUCACCAUCCAAGAUUGUGAGAUUCGAUGCUCGAAGGCGA